UGUGAUAGACACUUAACCGGCCCGCUGCGCCCACGUGCAUACAUAUACAAGUAACUUGAGUACCGCACUGCACAGGAGUUUGCAUAAACACAGAGCACUGCCAUGUCAGACAUUACUAAUCACCUUGCUCUGCGGAUCACAGUUAUACGUGGUUGAGGCACCCUAUGUGUACCUUACCCAGACAGUGCUUGGAUAUCAUAUCUAGUAAAGGAAACCCUGCACGUCACCCACUGUCACUGUCUGCACAAUUUUGAAGUUGCAAAAUUGAUUUAAUUUUAUACCUGAAACUAGAAUGUCCGGAGAACAGGACUGGAACAAGAAAUCCAUCAUUGUUUUGGCAAGAAAAGACGGAAACACACAAUGUGCAGACUGUGGAGUGCCAGACCCUCAAUGGGCUUCCUGCACACUGGGUGUCUUCUUGUGUGUGAAUUGUUGUGGCAUACACCGGAAAAUCUCUGACAUCAGUAAGGUAAAGUCACUGAGUAUGGCCAAAUGGGAAGAGGACCAAAUUCAGUUUCUUGACAGACACGGGAAUGACUUGGCUAAAGCAAUAUUCGAGGCUCAUGUUCCUGUGUAUUACUACAAACCCACACACAAGGAUUGUCAUGUGCUGCGAGAGCAGUGGAUCCUGGCAAAAUAUGAGCGCAAACAAUUUGUGAAAAGAGAAGGUUCAGAUGGCCUUCCAAGUGGAGUAAAGGAGGGAAUAUUGUUCAAGCGAGGAAGAGAUAAUGCUCAGUAUUGCUUGAGAAAGUUCGUCCUGACAGAGAUGGAUGGCACCUUGAAAUACUUCAUAAAGCCGGAUGCUAAGGAACCAAAGGCUGUAAUCAAAAUUGACAGUAUUAACGCCACCUUCCAGCCUGAGAAGAUGAAACAUGAACACGGCUUACAGAUCACGUAUAUCAAGGACAACAAGACCAGGAAUAUAUUUGUAUACCACAAUGAUGGGCAGGAAAUUGUCAGCUGGUAUAACGCCAUCCGAGCUGCUCAGUUCCACUACAUGAAAGCUGCCUAUCUAACAGCAAGUGACAAAGAGAUUGUAUCUCAUCUGCCUAGGAAUUUCCUGAAGGAAGGCUAUAUGGAAAAGUCUGGACCAAAGCCAACUGAUGCACUCAAGAAGAGAUGGUUCAGUCUUGACCACCGGAGACUAAUGUACUUCAAAGACCCCUUGGAUGCUUUUGCAAAAGGAGAGGUGUUUUUGGGCAGCAGUGAGAAUGGGUACCAGGUAAAGUCACAGACGGUCACAAGCAGCUUAUGGCACUACGGUAUAUCUUUUACUACCCCUGAGCGUACUUAUCUAUUUACAUGUGAGAGUGAGACUGAACGGGAAAGCUGGCUCAAAGUUUUCAAGAAGGUGAUCAGCCUGCCCAUGACUAUGCGAGAAUCCACAGUUGAAGCUCAGUUUAAACAGCGCUCCUAACACAUUCCUUCUGCUGACAUUAUCAGGGAAUACCUUCACCUUUAAAUUUCCCAGUGACAUCAACCAAGACAUUCAGCUAUUGGACUGCUUUUAUAGCCUAUUAUUUCAAUGUAUGAUGCAGUUUAUGACCAAAUUGUCUUGAACAGCAAUGCACUGCUCAAUUCUGUACCAGAGAACUGUGGUCUCCUACUAAACCACUUCAACAAAUUGUAAAAGAUGCCAUUGGAUUUGGAUUAAACAUAAUGUUGUGUUAGUCUUUUGCAAAUUACAUAAUAUAUUUUUCUUUAUGAAUAUCAUCAAUAUCUUUGGACUACUGUACAGGUGGGACAGACAUACUGUACAUACAGCUAGAGUGAGGGAGAUGAUGGUACAAAGGUAACUAGUAGACCACAUAGGUGCGAUCUCUGUGCACCUCUUGUGAAAUGAGGUUUUAUGACCUACCUGCCUGAGGAAUAAACGUGGAAUGAAGAAGUAGAGACCAAGAAAAAUACUGUGUUUUGGUGGGAAGGACAACUCCUAAGGAAGCUGGUGCUGUAUAGAACCUGGUUAAAGACUUUUCUAUUUUCUGGUUGCGUUAGCUUUUUAUUUGCAUUAAUUAGCAUCAUUUAAACCAUCACUGUCCUUGAAACAUUAAUGACAUGUAUCCUACAUAUGGAAUGACUGCUACAUUUGAGAUGUUUCUUAACCUUUAUGAAUAAACCCAGAAGAUCCAGUGAGAGGAGCUG